CGUUAGCAGCUGCCUCUGCGUAGAAGCUUAGGGCGGCAACUUCUCGGCGUCUGCCGGCUUAUACCACGAGCUGCAGAGUGCUUCAGACGCUGCAGGAGAGAUGUUCAGCGUCCGGCAGGGUGUCGGCGCCGCGGUGUCGGGCGGGCGCGCCUACCUGGCGACCAGGGCGGCAGCUCUGGAGGACGGCAGGCUGGAGGCUCCAGCGAUGCACAAGGAGGAGUUCCGCCGCCGCCUGGAGCAGCUCACCAGGAGGAAGGACGCUGCGGAGGCGGCGCCGGCUGGAAGGGUAGCGGCGGCGGCGGCGGCGGCGCCCAGCCCCCGGCUGCCCGACAGCAACGAGUGGGCGCCGGCAGGGCACCGAGACCACUUCUCCAGCAGAGCCUCCAGCGACGCCGCCUCCACUGGUCACGCCGGGCACAGGCUGCCGGACUCCAACGAGUGGGCGCCGUCGCGUGCUGGCGACAUCUGAACAGGGAUGUAAUGCGGGCCGACGGUGGGGACUACGCAACAGCAGACCACGUCACACGGCAACGUCGGCUGCUGCGUGUCUCCCAGCACACCAGCUGAUGAUCUGAAAAUGUCUUCAAUUAGUUUGAUACAUUACAGAAUCGUGUACUCAUUUAAUAUUAGUUUAAAUAAAUUAUACAUUUUUGUUCUUUCAGUC